AACGAAUGCAAAUGAAUCAUGUCGACACAUCAAAUGUUAGGCAGAUAACUAAUGACCAUUUAACUCGGAUGAAAGAAGACAAGUUGUCACGUUCGAGUUUCCACCUGGCUCUGCUCGGCCGGUCUCGUCUCGUGUUUCUCGCGCGGCAGUCCACGCCCCGAUCCACGUCGAGCCCGCCUCCGUUCGCGGCUCGCAUCCACGCCCGACCGGCUCACGCCCUGCUCGGCACUGCGCGGCUGAAUCGAAGGCGGCCAAAGAAAUCAUUCCGGCCCCACUGGAGGCAGCAGAGCAAGAACCGCCGCAUCACGACGAUGACAAGGAGAACCGACCUGGUUGCCGUUUGAAAGAAGAAGAAGAAAACACCCUCGAAAGGAAGAGAAAUCACUCAGGCAUCAUGAUUCCCGUGAUGGAAUUCCGCCAGUUCUCGGAGCAGCAGCCCGCUUUCCGGGUCCUGAAACCGUGGUGGGAUGUGUUCACCGACUAUCUGUCCGUCAUCAUGCUCAUGAUCGGCGUGUUCGGGUGCACACUUCAGGUAAUGCAAGACAAGAUCAUCUGUCUCCCGCACAGAACAUCGACGCCCCCCGACAACACCAGCGAAGUGGCCGUAAAACUUUUACAUCCCCAUUACAACAUCUCAUCCGGGCCAAAAGAAAUGAGUGGUCUUAAGACGGAUCUGGACCUCCAGCAGUACAGCUUCAUCAACCAGAUGUGCUAUGAAAAGGCCCUUCACUGGUACGCCAAGUACUUCCCUUAUUUGGUUCUGAUCCACACGCUCGUCUUCAUGGUGUGCAGCAACUUCUGGUUCAAGUUCCCUGGGUCCAGCUCCAAAAUUGAGCACUUUAUCUCCAUGCUGGGAAAGUGCUUCGACUCCCCUUGGACCACCCGGGCUCUGUCUGAGGUUUCUGGAGAAAACCCGGAGGAGACGGACCACAAAAAGAGCGGCGCCGCGGCAUCGCCCGGAGGCGUGGGUUUGGAGAGGACUCAAUCCCUUCGUUCCAUCCCGGAAAAAAUUGUGGCGGACAAGCCAUCGGCAAGCGUUCUGGAUAAAAAGGAGGGCGAGCAAGCCAAGGCGCUUUUUGAAAAGGUGAAGAAGUUCCGCUUACAUGUGGAGGAAGGCGACAUCCUCUACAUCAUGUAUGUGCGGCAGACGGUUUUCAAGGUGUUCAAGUUCCUGGUGAUUGUCAUCUACAACAGUUCCCUGGUGGACCAGGUGCGCAACAGUGUGCCCUGCGAGGUGGAGAUCCAAGACAUGACCGGCUACAAGGACUUUGAGUGCAACCACACCAUGGCGCACCUCUUCUCCAAACUCUCCUACUGCUACCUGUGCCUGGUGGCGGUCUACGGACUGACCAGCCUGUAUACAUCCUACUGGCUGUUCUACCGCUCCCUGAAGGAGUACUCCUUCGAGUAUGUGCGUCAAGAAACGGGUAUCAGCGACAUCCCGGACGUGAAGAACGACUUCGCCUUCAUGCUGCAUAUGAUCGAUCAGUACGACCCGCUGUACUCCAAGAGGUUCGCCGUCUUCCUGUCUGAGGUCAGCGAGAACAAGCUGAAGCAGCUCAACCUGAAUCACGAGUGGACGGCAGAGAAACUGCGGCAGAGACUUCAGGUCAACGCCAACAACCGCCUGGAGCUGCAGCUCUUCAUGCUGCCCGGCCUGCCCGACACGGUCUUCGAGCUCAGCGAGCUGCAGUCGCUCAAGCUGGAGAUCAUCAACAACGUGAGCAUCCCCGCCUCCGUCUCGCAACUGGAGAACCUUCAAGAGCUCUCCUUGUAUCAGUGUUCCAUCAAGCUGCACACCACCGCCACAUCCUUCCUCAAAGAGAACCUCAAGGUGCUCCGCGUCAAGUUCGACGAUGGCAGGGAGUUCCCCGGCUGGUUGUACGGCCUCCGAAACCUGGAGGAGCUCCAUCUCACCGGGUCCCUGUGCCCAGAUGCCUCCAAAAACAUCGUCCUCGAGUCACUGCGGGAUAUGAAGUGUCUGAAGACGCUCUCGCUGAAGAGCAAUCUGACCAAGAUACCCCAGUCCAUCGUGGAUGUGUCCAGCCACCUGCAGCGGCUCUAUCUGCACAACGACGGCACCAAGCUCGUCAUGCUGGGCAACCUGAAGAAGAUGACCAACUUGACGGAGCUGGAGAUGGUACGUUGCGACCUGGAGCGCAUCCCGCACGCCAUAUUCAGCCUGACCGGCCUGCAAGAGCUGGAUCUGAAGGAAAACAACCUGCGUUCCAUCGAGGAGAUUGUCAGCUUCCAGCACCUGCGCAAGCUCACCUGCCUGAAGCUCUGGUACAACGGCAUCAUGUACAUCCCCGAGCACAUCAAGAAGCUGGGCAGUCUGGAGCGACUCUACUUCAGCCACAACAAGAUCGAGGUCUUGCCUUCGCACCUGUUCCUGUGCAACAAGCUACGGUACCUGGACCUGUGCCACAACGACAUCCGCUUCAUCCCGCCGGAGAUCGGCGUCCUUCAGAGCCUGCAGUACUUUUCGGUGGGCUGCAACAAAAUCGAAAACCUGCCAGAUGAGCUCUUUUUCUGCAAGAAGCUCAAGACGCUGAAACUGGGCAAGAACUCGCUGUCUGUCCUCUCGCCAAAGAUCUCCUACCUCGCCCAGCUGACCCACCUCGAACUCAUGGGGAACCAUUUUGAGCUCCUGCCGCAGGAAUUGGGCUGCUGUCGGGCACUCAAGCGCAGUGGACUGGUGGUAGAGGACGCCCUCUUCGAGACUCUGCCAUCGGACGUCAGGGACCAGAUGAAAGCUGAGUAAAAGACGCUUUACUGUCACCACAGUGCCUGCUACUUGCUUCCUCGCUUGCUUCGUAGGAUCUCACAAGCCCACAUCAGACUUGCACUACUUUUGAACGCGAUCCGUUUUCCACUUUCCUGUACACAUUUUCAGAAUUCAGCCUCUGACGCCAUCUUCAUUUUCACUUACAGUUGAAACAUGACAUUUGCCGAAAAGCCAAUUUUGCUUGACAACAUGCAAUUUGGUAAGAAUAUUUUUCGUGGAGACCCUCCAAAAACGUGGAGGAUUUGAAAGUUGAUUUUGACGCAGCAUAGCAAAGAAAUAUUAUGACAGACCAUUCAAAGUCCAGCACAGUGUUUAAAAUUAAGCCCCUGAUGCCAGUUUUGACCGGCAUGAUGAAAUUUGGCAGACGAGUCUAUUAUGAGUAGACCCACAAAAACGUCUCAAGAAGCCAUGGCUGAAAACACACAGGAAGUCUGCCAUUUUGAUUUGAAAUCAGCCAUUUUAGGGUCGGUCGUUGAACUCUUUUUCCGGAUUGCUACCAAACCUGAACCACAUUACAGAACAGCUGAACAACGCCAAAAAGCAUUUUUGUCUUUGUCACUGCAUAUGGGCGGCGAAGACAAAAGACUCCCCAUCAAACACCAAACAUAGAUUCCACAUACAGUAGUUUGAGGCUGGUUUAACUAAAUGUCUCCUUUUUGUAGCCAAUGACAGUCCGAAUAGAAAACUGCCAAAGAUAAAAUCAUACGUAGGACCACAUCUUUCCAUCUUCUUGUUAAACAGCUUUCUGAGAAGAUGCCCCACUGCAUAUUGUCGUUAUUCCCUGGAUCUUUGAAUCCAGGGCUAUUUGACUUUCACCGCAGCUAAUUAAAGACACGAAGGACGAAUUGACCUGAUUCAAGCCUCAUUUACAUUGAUGGCCACUGGUCACAACAUUAGGCCUACCUUCACAACGUGUGAAUCAAAAUAGUCAGUGAGGUAUUCAUCUCGCCAAGCGUCAUUGUCCGUGGCAUACAAUAUAAGAUGAAAGGGGCGAAAACAUGCAUAGACAAGUUAAAAAUUGUAAAAUUAUGUCAGAACAUUUUGCGCAGUACAUAAGAAAAAUCACAUGAAAUUAAACACAUUUAAUUUCUAAAUGUGUUUGUUUAUAUCAUGAGCACUAUUUCAAUACAGUUUUUCUUGUUCGGGGUCCCUGCUGGAUUCUAGAUUCUAGAUACUUAAGUGACCAGAAAGCAUUUAUGGUUAGUGUUUAUAGUUCAAAACGAUUUAUUUUAAACACAUAUACUGCACUGACAACAAAGGGACAUAGCACAUAUUUUACAUCAAGUCAUGCCUUAAUUAAAGCAUUGUAUAUUACACAAAGAUUAUUUUACAAGUUUAAAUAAAACUUUUGGAACUUUUGUUUUGCCAUUAUUUCAUA